AUGAGGGCGAGGUCGGGGGAGUUUUUCGAGCCGGUGAGGGAGAGGGCGGUUUGCUUUGCGGUGGAGUGGAUAGAGAGGGGGGUGGAGGGGGGUGUGGCGGAGAAGUUGUUGUUGAUGUUGCGGAUGGAGUUGAGGAGGGGGGAGUGGGGGACGUGGUCGAGCGGGUUGUUUAGGAGCGUGGUGGAGCGUUAUUUGUGCCUGAGUUAUGAGGAGGUGGAUCGGUGGAGGUCCGACCCGCAGAGCGUGUGUUUUGCGCCGCACGAGGAGCCGUUUGAGUCGGAGUUGCGCGAGGUGGCGGAGGAGUGUGUGUUGGUUAUGUUGGAGAGGUGGUCGAGCUUGGCGGUGGAGGAGUUGUUGGGGUCAGUGGUGGAGGGCGAGAGGGCGUGCAGAGAGAGGCCGUCGAUGGGCGAGGAGAUCCGGUUGGACGGGUGGUACUACGCGCUGGGGCUCGCGGUGGACAGGGAGUUGGUGGAGUGUCCAGAGGUCGAGGAGGAGUGGUCGUCUCCGAUUCUGAGGAGGAGAAUGCUGUGGCUAGCGGAGAAGUCAAACCGCGUCGAGAAGAUCCCUCGUGCCCUGGAACGCGUGGUGCGUGCCCUGUCAAGCGAUCCGGACGUGGUGAAUCGGCUGUCGGCGGCGAGAGCGCUUCAGCGGAUCGUCGACGGCUUCAGAUUCGACUUCGAGCAAUCGGGCAUCUGUCGACUGCUCGAGUUGGCCCUCUCGUCGCUGUGCGAGCUGCCGUUUGCGCUCCGCGACCAGGGGCCCAUCGAGACGGCGUUGCAGUCGCUGUCGCACCUGCUGCUCGCGUCGAGCGGGCGCGUGGGGCGCCGCGCGGAAGGCCCUCUGCGACUCGCUCUGUCAAUGUGGGCGGAGAGCUCCCUGGAGCCAAUCCGGGGCUCGGUUCUAGAGCUGCUGUCCCGAGUGGUCUCGUGUCUGGAGACGGAAUCGAACUCCGUCCACGAGGCGAUCGCGCCGAUCAUCGCGUGUUCAGUGUCUCCGGACAACCCCCUCCUGGAAGAAGGACUGGGGCUGUGGGUCUCGGCGGUCCGCUCGGCCCCCUCGGCAUCUGAGCAACUGGUCUCUCUGCUCGAAUCGCUGAGCCCAGUGCUGCUGUCUGCGUCGUGCCACUGCUCUCCGGAACUCCUGGACCUGUCAGUCCAGCUGGUCGAGAGCCACGUCCUAAUGGGAUUUCCGGAGUUUGUCGGGAAACUCUGGGAGUUGUUCUGUCGCGUCCUGGACGAGGUAAACCCCUCGAUAUCGAAACUGGUCUCUAAGGCCCUUUACGUGAUCCUGCUGACUCAACCCUCGAGCGAGGUCGCGCGCCUGCAGCCCGUGUUCUCCAGGCUGGCAUCCUCUGUCUCGUCGGAUCCAGUGCAUUGUCCAGUUUUCCACCUGGAAUUGCUGAAUUUGCUACUGCUGUUCCACCCGCCGUGUCUUGCGAGCCUCAUGUCCCCCCUGGAGCUGCUGUCCGCCUCGCUCCGGCGCUUCCACGCGAUGGAAGACUGGUACCACCGGAAGGCGUUCCUGAUGGCGGCCUGUUCGCAGCUCUGGACGGAGCAGCUCUCCUCGCGGUCUCCCGUGCUGUCGGAGUGCAUCAGCCUUUGUCUGUCGAGCGACGCGGACCUCGACCACUUCGAGGAGUGCGAAGAGGCCCCCAACCUCGACCCCGAGCUGGUCGCAGUUCCCAAGCUCCACCCGAACUCGCUCCAGGCGCAGCAACUGAGGCAACUGCGCCUGUGUGACCCCGUGCGCCAAGUGGAGCUGAGGCAGUGGGCCUCGCAGGCGCUGCGCGCCGCGUCCGCGCUGGACGGAGCGUCCUUGGACGCGGUGCUCUCGUCGCUUCCUGAGGCUGUAAAGUCUGAGUUUCGAUAA